UAAAACUUUUUUGAAAACAAAGUGAAUGAAUCAACAAAUAACUAGAAAAUAAAAAAAGAAAAAGUUCUGUCUAUAAAAAGGAAAAGAUUUUAAAUAAAUCAUAUUUCUCCAGAUAUUAAAUGCUAUGCGAAUCAAUGCCAUUAUAAAUAUUGAAAAACAAUAAUGGAAACUUUAAAGAAAUUUGAUAGUCCUGGUGAUUGUCAAACAACCGGUACAAUUUUAAUCGAAACGGUUAAUAAAAAUAAAACAUUAAAUAAUGAAAAUCAAAAUAUUCAACAUAUGAUGGAUAGUGCAACAGCAACAACAAAUGUAGCCACAACAAUUAUUGUUAAACAUGCUACAACAACACCAAUGCCCACGGCAACAAAUAAAUUAAAAUCCCAGCAGCAACAACAUCAAUUUCGUGCACCACAACAAUUUGUUAAACAUAAGAAAACAUCAGCGGCUGGCAGCAACAAUAAUAGUACGGCUAACACAACAGCCAGUGCAGCCAGUUCUAGUCUAAAUAAUAAUAAAAAGAAUAAAUGUUGGAAUAAACGUCAACAUAGAACAGCCAAACAAAACAAUAGCAGCAACAUCACAAACAACAGCGCCCUAGCCAAGAAAACAAUAUCUUCAUCCUCCUCCACCUCCUCGACGAAUCCUACAACGGCAACAACAGCAGCUGCACCAGCAAAUGUUUUAACCGCAACAGCGGCGGCAACAACAGCAACAACAAUACUAAAUGAUGGCCCAGAUAAUGAAAAUGAAACAACGAAAACAAAUCUAUCAGCCACAUCAAAAGCCGAUUUAGAAAAUAUACAAAAUCUUAAAAAUCAAGUAGGAGGUCAUUACCACCAUCAUCAUCACCACCAACAUCCUCAUCAUGCUCACCAUCAUUAUCAUAAUCAACAGCAUGGUGCUUCUUCCAAUACCCUUAAUAACAUUGACUUACGUAUGUCAGCCGGUGGUCAAGGCGCUGGUGGUAUUGGUUUUCCACCAUUAGCUUUAUCGGCCAUGGCUUCAGAGAAAUUAGGUUAUGGCCAUGGUCAUUGCAAGCAAAAUCAACAGCCCAUGCAUAAAAAACCUUUGCCACCACACCGCUCUAGUGGUGGUGGUGGUGGUUUGAGUGGUAAUCAUCAUCAUAUUUUAUGUGCCGGCUCAGCUCACAAUACUUUGGGCUCGGUGGGUCCUGGAGCCGGUAAUGCCGGAGCUGUUUCGACCACAAAUCUAACAUGCUGCCACAUUAAUGGUUGUCCCUCGCACAAUACCAAAGACACCAGUUCAGCCAAUAAUUCCACCGCUUCCAGUGCGGCCUCAGCUCUACAUAUUUGCUGCUUACGUUCCAAAUUCUUUUUGCCGGACAAAAGACCACGUAAGGGCAAUUUUAUACCGCCCACGAAAUUUCUACUAGGCGGUAAUAUCUCAGAUCCCUUAAAUCUAAGCUCUUUGCAAAAUGAGGCAUCAAACGCCUCCUCCAACAAUAAUACGCCGGUCACCACACCACGGCAAUCACCCAUAACCACACCACCCAAAGUGGAAGUCAUUAUACCACCUAAUAUACAUGAUCCCCUACAUUUAUUGGAUCCAGUAGAUUCUAUGGAAUAUGAAAAACAAUUAACUUCACCCAUGAAGCGGGGCCUUAGCCUGCAAGCCUCUCUAGCCCUGGGACUACGUGGUGGACAAACUAAAUCGCACAAGCAUAGACAUCGUAAAAAUCGUAAACCCAAAAGACGUCGUUACGAUUCUUUAAAUUCUACCACCAGCACUAUUACCACCAUCGAUUCAUUGGAUGAACCCACAACUAAUCUCUUAAGCAACACCUUAAGUACUGAAAAGGGCGUCUCAAUGGAUGUGGAAAAUAUUUGCCACAGACAAGAUUCCCUUAUCUCCGCCAAUUCGGCGGGUAGUGAUGAUGAAGAGCUAACAGAAAAUGAGUUACAUUCACCACAGGAAAAACUCUCAAUAACUGAAAACAUAAAUAAUUCUAUUGCCUCUAAUAUGGCCACCAAUGUUAAUACAACAGCUAAUGCUGCUUCCGUAACAACUAGCUCUGUUGCCCAUGCUGCCACAACCAACACUGCCACCGAAGACAAUUGUAAUAAAAUCAAAGUAACAGAUCAACAAACUAUACAAAAUCUUCCUAUUCCUGCAUUACCAGCACAACAACUUCAGGAACUACAAGAAAAACAGGAAAUUACCAGUACUGUUGAGUUGAGUUCUAAUUCUAACAGCAACAACAAUAAUAACAUUAAUACUGCUGCUUCGUCUGCUGCUGCUACUGCUGUACUCUCAGAUGUAGCUGUGGCUAGAGAACGCGCAUGCCGUGAUUUACGCUUGGAUUUAGUAUCCACCACAAGUUGUAGUGGUGGUAGUGCUAGUGCCACAUCAUGUGGUAGUUCGGUUAUAAGUGCUGUUGGUGGCGGUGGUAGAAAACGUAAAAUAAGUGAGAGCAAUUCUCAAAAAGGAAAGAAAUAUUUUCGCAUGGAUUCCAUGGACAAAAUUGUUAGCCCAGUGGUGCCACAGCCAGGUGCUUGGAAGCGUCCACCACGAACAACCGCUACCGGAGCAAGAAAAUCUCAACGUCGUUCUACUUCGAUUAGUGAAAGUGUCCUAACAGAUCUAAGUCCCAUAGAGGAAGCAAACAAACAGCUAGUCGAAGAAAUACCGCGUGAUGAUACACCCGAAUUACCGAAAGUGGAAAUAUUCGCAGAAACUGGUGUUCUGUUGGACAGCCCUUUAAGUACUGCCUCUGUAGCCACUUCCACGACCACAGCCGCCGAGCCAGAGACCACAAGCGAACUAACCAGCGAAGCUGUCGAUACCAAAAAUGCUUUAAUUUUAGCGGAAAAAGUUAAAAAGGAAAUGAUUUCUUCUAGUGUUUCCAUAAAAUCUCUACCCAAAUUCCCAGCCGAUGGCAAACAGUAUCGUUAUGGCAACUAUGAUCGUUAUGCUGGCCUUAGGCAUCUCAACGAAUUCAUGGACAUACGUUUGCAGGUGUUCUUACAGUAUCCAGAGUUAUUUAAGAACAAGGAUAUUUUGGAUAUAGGCUGUAAUGUGGGUCACAUGACUAUAACGGUGGCUAGAAAGCUGGCUCCUAAAUCUAUUUUGGGUAUAGACAUAGACAAGGAAUUGAUUGCGAGAGCAAGACGCAAUUUGGCCAUGUAUGUACGUAUACCACAGGAGAUGUUAAAGAAAGAGUUAAUGGAUGCAACAGACAUCAUGGACAAUACAAAUAAUAUGAGUGAUGUUAAGCAAAAGAAGGGACGUAGACGACGUAAAAAGAAAAAACAACUGCAACAACAACAGCAGCAGCAUACACAACAACAAGCCCACAACAAUCAUCAUCACCAUCAUGGUCACGGUCAUGGCAAUCACUAUGAAAAUUGGCAACAAUUCCAACAUCAUUUACUGCACUAUCAUCUGCUGCAUCAUCAUCACCACCACCAUCAUCAUCAUCACUUGUAUUUGCAACAGGAGAAUUGCAAUGUUGAUGCCUCCGAUUUCUUUCCUAUAUCAUUCCCACUCACUUAUGGUGGCAUAACAGAUAUCACCACCCCACCACACUCCUCAGUCACCAAUUACACUUCCAACAAAGCCUCUACUAGUCCCCAAAAUAUUGAAUCUCAAUCACCUGCUUCAACAUCCACCACUACCCGCAGCACACCCGGUCAUCCGGCCACCUCAACGACCAGUCACAAGGCCAAUACCACACACUCAACAUCAACGCAUAAGCCUAAUCAGUCCAAAGCGAAAAAUGAUUUUCCCCACAAUGUCUUCUUUCGUCAAACGAAUUAUGUGCUAAAAGAUGAAUCACUGCUGGCCAAUGAUACCCAACAGUAUGAUCUCAUUUUGUGUUUGUCCAUUACCAAAUGGAUUCAUUUAAAUUUCGGUGAUGCCGGUCUAAAGUUGGCCUUUAAGCGGAUGUUUAAUCAAUUGAGACCGGGUGGUAAAUUGAUAUUGGAGGCACAAAAUUGGGCCAGUUAUAAGAAAAAGAAGAACUUAACGGAGGAAAUCUACAAUAAUUAUCACAAUAUUGAAUUCUAUCCAAAUAAAUUUCAUGAAUAUCUGCUUAGUUCCGAAGUGGGCUUUAGUCACAGUUACACUUUGGGCAUUCCAAAACAUUUGAGUAAAGGUUUUAGUCGUCCUAUACAGGUAAGUUUUGAGACAAGCAUUAGGUAAGAGACCAG